UCGAGUGUUUUGAAUGUUGCGUCGAUUUGAACAGUGUUGUCUGUUUUAUUAGGUCUAAAGUUAUUAAACUGUGCCCUCAUGUUUUUUACAAUUUUAAUGGAGGUUCGUUAAUGUUUGUAUUCAUACGGACUGCUGCUGUUCAUGUAUGUGUUGGAUUAUGUUGGAAAUAUGGUCGACAAUAGAAAGUUUCAGUCUGUAAACAAUGGAGCAAGUUCACCAAAAGAGAUGUGUUGAUGUCAUCAGUGAUGAAGGAAGAUAAAGGUUAGCUGUAUUUGAAUUGUGAUGUCGACGCCACGUUCACUGACAAAACGUCGGCGGCUGUCUACAAAACUGCACACACCGGGAUCAGUGUUCGGAAUCCGAAACAGAAAUCACGACAAAGCAGAGCAAGAAAACGAUUCGCAAGUUCAGUAUACAGUUCGACCAGAAAGACUUUAUUUCAACAUACACGACAGCGAUUCAGGCUCAGAUGAAGAUUACAAUGAUCUUGAAGAUCUUACUGGCAAAACAUGGAAGGUUUUCAGAGUAUCACCGUUGCACAAUUUUGAGUAUACAACAGUACGAAUGAAGCAAUAUGGUCAGCGAAUGCGAGAAGGUCUCACUACCUUGCUGACAGAUUCUACGCUGGAUGCGCAUUAUGAAGUAAAUUUCUCUGUGGCAGAAGGACUCACUCUGACACAGAACGACAGUGAGGCCAUAAAGAUAUUGGUAAAUGUUACGAAGAGGAAAAACGGCGAAGAUUUACGAAGCAAAUAUUACAUUGGGUUCAUGGUGUGCAGAGGUGCGUCCAAAGGGUUAGAAGAACAGUUCACAAUUCACUUGCCAGUGCUGCUGUGCAGUGGAACAGUGCGAGCUGCCAAAUCAGUGCAUUUCCUUCUUCAGAAAUUCUUUGACUGCUCUGUCAAUUCUUAUCAGUUAUCACAGGAAGAUCUGAUGUGGUUCUGCGCAUUACAGGCAGACGAGAAGGACACACGCAAAGGAAUGUCUCAAGCUGAGCUCAUGUUCUCGUUCCCACAGCUCUCUGUACGGAACAGAAUUCGGUUUAAAGUUCCACUUAACAGUCUAAAAUAUUUGUGGGACAGCAUCCAUGAUCGCAACUCAGAAUACGCUUCAUUUAAAGAAGUGGAAAAGUUCUAUGAAGCAGUGCAACAACAGAUGAUUCGUGUGUUUGAAGUGAACGUCGCGAAAGGUCAACUUGUGCGGAUCAAAACUCCAACACUAUCCGUCACUAAUGAAACCAAACUUAGGGCUAAGACAGGAAGCGUACUGAACUAUGUGCUCAAGUUUCUGUAUGAGGGAACGGCUGUAAUCGACACCACUACCCCGAUGUUGAGUGUCCAGCGACAUUGACGCAGCUCUUGUAUGUAUUUUAGCAGUGCAAAGAGAAUUUUGAAAUACUGUCUGCAAGCAAAUUUGUUAUACGUGUCUCAUCGGUUUUGUCAACCAUCAAAAGAGUUUUACUGAGUCACUACCAGAACUUCAUACAUUUUAAAUGUCAGCAUCUGAUAUGACUUUUAAAGUUGUGCCACUGUCUUCCUGGCACCAUCAUGAUGCAGCAGAAUUAUCUAGGGCUUUUAACUUUUGAUAUCCUGAUUACCGUGAGCGAGUAUAUUGCAGACGAUAUUCUGUCACACUGGCACAACAUACACUGAAACUCCCAUUUAAUGUUCCUGAAUUUAAAGUUUUACAUUUAAAGGUCAGUGAUCCCUAGUCAAUAAUCUCGGUGUUAAAUUUACUCCAUUUAAUAUUCAAACUUUUCUCAGUGUACUUUUCAAAACCACUGGUCCACAAUCAAACCUUAAAUGUGGGUUUCACUGUACUUUGCUUUUAGAUAUUUUUACUAAUGGUUGACGUGUGUGUCAAUGACGUAAUUUUAAGUGAGCUCAGGUUUUCACUGUGGUGGGUAUGUAAUGCCGUGUAGCGUGGUACAAGUCUACUGGCGUUUUGAAGGAAUGCCAAUGAACUUCUACAGGACUACACUGCAUCACAUCUCAGCAGAUAGUAUUUCAAAACAUAAACAUGUUUUAUAUCUACAUACUACAGCUCUUUAAAUGUUAAGUAUGAUUAGAGAUGUAUCACAGACUUUUAUACAAGUUAACAUUUUAUGGGUGAAGUUUCAUUUUUUUCAUGCAAAAAAAAUAAUUCUUUCAUGAACAUGACCACGUUGUAUGUGCAUGGCUUCCCCACAGUGGGAGCCACUGUACAGUGGCUGUACUUCCCACUUUUUGAGGAAGAACCAUUUCUUGUUGGUGCUGCAAUGAAACUGGAAAUUAAAAUUUCCAUUGCAA